GCAGAGCGGGGAGCGCGAGGACUGGAAUUGGGAACCACUGGUCUACAUCACAUGUCAUUCGCCGCGCGCGAGAUCGCGCUGAUGAUGUAGGCUAUCCUGUCUGCGCGAACAGGGUGCGCAGAGGUUGUCCUCGCAGAUCUGGACCUGUCUUGUGACUUCCAUAAACUGUACAGCAGGGAAUGUCCAGGCUACAGGAUACUGACCUCUCCUGUCUCAAACAUGAGUCAAUCAAACAUAUUCACUUUGAUGGUUGUCAUUCCUCUAAUGUUUUCACAGUCAGCGAAAGGAAAGGACUGCGUGUGUGAGCUACAAAAUUCUGAUCCUGCUUUCCCUGAGAAUAAACUAAAUAACAUUGAGUUCACAGCUACACAAUGCACGGAGAACAUCACUUCAGAAAAGAUGACAGAGAUUGACAGGCUGGUGUUGGGUCUACAACACCGUAUCCGGCAGCUUCUUGAAAAUGUAUCCAUGCUGGAAAGAGAAGACAAUGGAAAUCUGUAUGCAGCCGUGUCUCUACGCAUUAUUGAAUUAGAGUUUGCCGAGAUUCAAGACCUUCUAGACAAACUCAACAGAACCACUGACAGUUACCAGCAGCAAAGUUUACAGACUGCUGCAGAGCUUCAGGAUAUGGAGGAAACGAUGACAGAGCUGGAGAACUUUGACCACACGCAGGUGAUGGUGAAACAGCGUGAGAACCAGCGUAUUAAGAGGGAUCUGGAACGGUGCAAAGAAGAGCUCAACAGUACAUCACCAGCCCUGACACUUUCCCCAGGUCACUGUGGUCUGGGCCGCAUGGUCAAUGUAUCAGGACCAAAAACGUAUUCCCUCACAGUGUAUGGAACGUCCUAUUCUUUUGGUGCUUGGGGUCGAGAUGCAAAUCCUGCUCUGGGAGACGAGAACAAGUACUGGCUGGUGGUGCUGUCAAGUAGUAAUGCAUACGGCAACUUUAUCCGCCAGUACAAUAGUUUGAGUACUACUAUAUUAGGCAUAGGACCAACAGAUACAUACAUAUCAAGCUCCAAUCCCACAACAAACACAAUUCAGGGGCCAAACAUGGUCAUGUACGCCAAUGCUUUCUACUAUAACUGUUACAACACAUAUUAUGUCUGUCAGUUCAACAUGACGACUCGUUCUGUCAGUACUGUGGCUUUACCUAGUGAUACAGGUUACAACAACAAGUUUCCGUUCGCACACCUCGGCACAACAUACAGUUAUACUGAUAUGGAUUUUGCCACAGAUGAAUCUGGCGUCUUUGUUAUAUAUGCGACCACAAGCAACUUCGGAAAUGUAGUUAUCAGUAAAGUCGGGACUAGUAACCCGCCAGUUUUGAGCCAAACAUGGCUCACUUCUCUUCACAAAAAGACUGUGACAAACACCUUCAUGGUGUGCGGUGUGCUUUACGCUACUCGUUACCUGGACAAAGAAAUAGAAGAGAUCUUUUACUCUUAUGACACCAAGACCAACGAAGAGCGAUAUGAUUUGAGAAUUCACAUUAAGAAGAUGCAGACUAAUAUUAAGUAUAUGAAUUAUGACCCCAGAGAUCAUUUGCUGUACGUCUACAGUGAUUCCUACAUUGUGACAUAUGAAAUCAUGUUUUAGCAAGUUCACUUAAAGUGCCCCUAUUAUAUAUGACAGUUAUAUGACAGGUUCAUAUUUUGGUUUUGGGAGUCCCUAACAACAGGUUGACAUGCAUGCAAGGUUAAAAAAUACUUUCAUUUUCUUAUAAUAUGCAUUUAUUUUUACCUUAUUUGCUCAACGACUCCCAAAUGAUUCGCUCAACGAUUAAUUUUUCCAAACCCUUCCUUUGCGUGACGCUAAUCUGCAGUGAUUGGUCCGAUUGUGUUUGUGAGAGCAGUGCUGCUUUGUGUACAGACCUUACCGGGGAAACAGCUAUUUUUAACCCAAAAGCGGCACCUAGUGGCAAAGAAUGAAUUUGCAUUUUCAUUCAGACCAACGCGAAAAUUUUCCCAGGUCAGCGGGUGGGCAAUAUGCUAAUGUUUCAUGCUGCGGUCAACAUGAAACAGCUUGGGAUUCACUUUAAAAAAGGACUAGAUUCAAUGAUUCAGAGUCGACUCUUUCUUUUGAGAGACAAUAACUUUAUAAACGGUGCACUUUCAGAUUUAAAACUUUGCAGGAUGUUUUCAUUCACUUAAGAGCUGUGUUACUGCAUGGAAGGUAAUUUAAAUCCAUAAUAGGGGCACUUUAACUUGAUUAAUGUCUUUUAUUCACCAAUAAUUUUACAUAUUUGAUGUUUUUAAAUGGAAAAUCAUUUACUUAAAUAUUUUGGUUCUUGAAAUAAAAUUUGAGUGAAAAUAUUA